AUGGUCAUUCUUAAAGUCAACACUGCUAUUACUACUACUAAAAGUACUACUAGUACUACUAACAAUACUAUUAUUAUUAUUAUUAUUAUUAUUAUUAUUACUACUACUACUACUACUACUACUACUACUACUACUACUACCAAUACUACUACUACUACUAGUACUACUACUACUACUACUACUACUACUACUACUACUACUACUACUACUACUACUACUACUACUACUACUACUACUACUACUACUACUACUACUACUACUACUACUACUACUACUACUACUACUACUACUACUACUACUACUACUACUACUACUACUACUACUACCACUACUACUACUACUACUACUACUACUACUACUACUACUACUACUACUACUACUACUACUACUACUACUACUACUACUACUACUACUACUACUACUACUACUACUACUACUACUACUACUACUACUGAACAUUUUAUUAACAUUAAAGUACAGUGUCACUAA